ACUGUUUGCACUUUUUUCUUUCCCUCCUUUCUCUCUCUCUUCUAAAACAAGCUACCCCCACGCCCCCGUCUCACGUCCUCCCGGUCUCCCCACGCACCGGGCAGCUUUUGGGGGGCCCGGCCCGGAGUCAGCGAAAUGGGGCGAGCUGGAACUUGGCUGGCGACUUUAGUUGGACUUUUGCUAACUGCCGGAGGGGAGACAUUCUCAGGUGGUUGCUCAUUUGAUGAGCCAUUUACCACAUGUGGAUACAGCCAGGGUAAGGAAGACGACUUUGAUUGGGAAUGGGUGAACACCUUGACUAAACCAUCUGAUCCUUGGAUGCCAUCAGGCUCUUUUAUGUUGGUUAACACAUCUGGGAGGCCAGAAUUACAAAGGACACAUCUUCUCUUACCCCAGCUUAAAGAAAACGACACCCAUUGCAUUGACUUUCACUACUUUGUAUCCAGCAAAAGUCAUUCCCUUCCUGGGCUAUUGAAUGUUUAUGUAAAAGUUAAUAAUGGUCCUUUGGGGAAUCCAAUCUGGAACAUAUCUGGAGCUCCUACUGGUACCUGGAAUAGAGCAGAACUGGCAAUUAGUACCUUCUGGCCCAACUUUUAUCAGGUAAUUUUUGAAGUGAUAACUUCCGGACAUUAUGGCUACCUAGCUAUUGACGAAGUGAAGGUGUUAGGACAUCCAUGUACCAAAACUCCUCACUUCUUGAGAAUUCAGAACGUGGAAGUUAAUGCCGGGCAGUUUGCCACCUUUCAGUGCAGUGCCAUUGGUAGAACAGUUGCUGGAGACAGGCUUUGGCUUCAGGGCAUUGAUGUAAGAGAUGCACCUCUGAAGGAAAUCAAAGUGACUAGUCCUCGUCGAUUUACAGCCUCCUUUAAUGUUGUGAAUACAACAAAACAAGACGCUGGGAACUAUCGUUGUAUGAUUCGCACUGAAGGUGGUGUUGGAAUAUCAAACUAUGCAGAACUGGUAGUUAAAGAACCACCUGUUCCCAUUGCCCCACCGCAACUUGCCUCUGUGGGAGCAACUUACUUGUGGAUACAACUGAAUGCCAAUUCCAUCAAUGGAGAUGGACCCAUCAUUGGACGAGAAGUGGAGUACUGUACAGCGAGUGGAAGCUGGAAUGACAGGCAGCCAGUAGAUUCCCCAAGUUAUAAAAUUGGACACCUGGAUCCUGAUACUGAAUAUGAGAUUAGUGUAUUGCUCACCAGACCAGGGGAAGGAGGAACUGGAUCCCCUGGACCAGCACUAAGAACAAGGACCAAGUGUGCUGAUCCCAUGCGUGGACCUAGAAAACUGGAAGUAGUCGAAAUCAAAUCUCGACAAAUCACAAUCCGUUGGGAACCAUUUGGCUACAAUGUCACUCGCUGCCAUAGUUAUAACCUUACUGUCCAUUACUGUUACCAAGUGGGAGGACAAGAGCAAGUCCGAGAAGAAGUAAGCUGGGAUACAGAUAAUUCACAUCCCCAGCACACAAUCACUAACCUGUCACCUUAUACCAACGUCAGUGUGAAACUCAUCCUCAUGAAUCCAGAGGGACGAAAAGAAAGCCAAGAGCUUAUUGUCCAGACAGAUGAAGAUCUUCCAAGUUCUGUUCCCAUUGAAUCUAUCCAAGGAAGUACUUUCGAGGAGAAGAUAUUUCUUCAGUGGAGAGAGCCAGCUCAGACAUACGGUGUGAUCACCUUCUAUGAGAUCACCUACAAGGCAGUCAGUUCCUUUGACCCAGAAAUAGAUUUAUCCAAUCAAAGUGGAAAAGUUUCAAAGCUGGGAAAUGAAACUCAUUUCCUAUUUUUUGGACUAUAUCCGGGGACCACAUACUCCUUUACUAUCCGAGCAAGCACAGCCAAGGGCUUUGGACCUCCAGCAACAAAUCAAUUUACCACAAAAAUAUCAGCACCUUCAAUGCCAGCAUAUGAACUAGAGACACCUUUGAAUCAGACUGAUAAUACUGUGACAGUUUUGCUGAAGCCUGCCCAGAGUCGAGGUGCUCCUGUCAGUGUUUACCAAAUAGUGGUUGAAGAAGAAAGUCCUCGUAGAACUAAAAAGACGACAGAAAUACUGAAAUGCUACCCCGUGCCAAUUCACUUUCAGAAUGCUUCAGUCCUCAACUCUCCAUAUUAUUUUGCUGCCGAGUUUCCAGCAAAUAGCCUUCAGGCUGCUCAGCCCUUUACAAUUGGUGACAAUAGAACAUACAAUGGCUACUGGAACACUCCUCUUCUUCCCCACAAAAGCUACAGAAUUUAUUUUCAAGCUGCUAGUAGAGCUAAUGGGGAAACCAAGAUUGAUUGUGUACGGGUGGCCACCAAAGCUGCGAUACUCGUGACUCAGCUUACAACACCAUACAUUCGCAUCGCCCCUGCUGCAGGCGACGAGCAACUAACAGGAGCUGCCACUCCAAAACCAGACCCAGAGCCAGAAAAACAAACCGACCACACGGUUAAGAUUGCUGGAGUCAUUGCGGGCAUCUUGCUGUUUGUUAUUAUAUUUCUGGGGGUUGUACUGGUAAUGAAGAAAAGGAAACUGGCCAAGAAGAGGAAGGAGACCAUGAGCAGCACUCGGCAGGAAAUGACAGUGAUGGUGAAUUCUAUGGAUAAGAGCUACGCUGAGCAAGGAACCAACUGUGAUGAGGCUUUUUCUUUCAUGGAUACACACAAUUUGAAUGGGAGAUCUGUAUCUUCACCAUCAUCUUUUACAAUGAAAACUAAUACACUGAGCACCACAGUGCCUAAUUCCUAUUACCCAGAUCCAUUUGUGCCAACUGCAAUUUUAGUGCCAAUAAAUGACGAAACCCACACGAUGGCCAGUGAUACAAGCAGCUUGGUCCAGUCCCACACUUACAAGAAGCGAGAGAACCCCGAUGUGCCCUACCAGACAGGACAGCUUCAUCCGGCCAUCCGCGUGGCAGACUUACUACAGCACAUCACCCAGAUGAAAUGUGCAGAAGGGUAUGGAUUCAAGGAGGAGUAUGAGAGUUUCUUUGAAGGGCAGUCUGCACCAUGGGACUCAGCUAAAAAAGAUGAGAACAGAAUGAAGAACAGAUAUGGGAAUAUCAUUGCCUAUGAUCAUUCUCGAGUAAGACUGCAGACACUAGAAGGAGAUACAAACUCGGACUACAUUAAUGGAAAUUAUAUUGAUGGUUAUCACCGACCCAAUCACUAUAUUGCCACACAAGGACCAAUGCAAGAAACAAUAUAUGAUUUCUGGAGAAUGGUGUGGCACGAAAACACAGCCAGCAUAAUCAUGGUGACCAACCUUGUGGAAGUGGGGAGGGUCAAAUGCUGCAAAUACUGGCCAGAUGACACGGAGAUAUAUAAAGACAUUAAAGUUACCCUAAUAGAAACAGAACUUCUGGCAGAAUAUGUAAUUCGAACAUUUGCUGUGGAAAAGAGAGGAGUUCAUGAAAUCCGAGAAAUUAGACAGUUUCACUUCACAGGAUGGCCAGAUCAUGGGGUGCCAUACCAUGCCACAGGAUUGCUGGGGUUUGUUCGACAGGUUAAGUCCAAGAGUCCUCCUAAUGCAGGCCCAUUGGUCGUCCACUGCAGCGCUGGUGCUGGUAGGACUGGCUGUUUCAUUGUCAUUGAUAUCAUGCUAGACAUGGCAGAAAGGGAAGGUGUAGUAGACAUUUAUAACUGUGUCAGAGAGCUACGGUCUCGGAGAGUCAACAUGGUGCAAACAGAGGAACAAUAUGUAUUUAUCCAUGAUGCCAUCCUGGAAGCCUGUCUUUGUGGAGAUACAUCUGUCCCAGCUUCUCAGGUUAGAUCUUUAUACUAUGACAUGAACAAGCUGGACCCUCAGACAAACUCAAGCCAGAUCAAGGAAGAAUUCCGGACUCUAAACAUGGUGACUCCAACUUUACGUGUGGAAGAUUGUAGCAUAGCUCUUCUACCCCGAAACCAUGAAAAAAACCGAUGCAUGGAUAUCCUACCCCCAGAUCGAUGCCUGCCCUUCCUUAUCACAAUUGAUGGAGAGAGCAGCAACUACAUCAACGCAGCUCUGAUGGAUAGCUAUAAACAGCCUUCAGCUUUUAUAGUCACCCAGCAUCCUUUGCCAAACACAGUCAAAGACUUCUGGAGAUUGGUCUUAGACUACCACUGUACAUCUGUAGUCAUGCUAAAUGAUGUAGAUCCAGCCCAGCUAUGUCCCCAGUACUGGCCAGAAAAUGGAGUGCACAGACACGGCCCCAUCCAAGUAGAAUUUGUCUCUGCUGAUUUAGAAGAGGACAUCAUCAGUCGAAUAUUCCGAAUUUAUAAUGCGUCCAGGCCUCAAGAUGGAUACCGGAUGGUACAGCAGUUCCAGUUUUUGGGGUGGCCAAUGUAUAGAGAUACACCAGUGUCCAAGCGCUCCUUUUUGAAGCUCAUACGCCAGGUGGAAAAAUGGCAAGAAGAGUAUAAUGGUGGUGAAGGACGGACAGUUGUACAUUGUUUGAAUGGAGGUGGCCGCAGUGGGACUUUUUGUGCAAUCAGCAUUGUUUGUGAAAUGCUCCGGCACCGGAGGGCAGUUGACGUCUUCCAUGCUGUGAAGACCCUGAGGAACAAUAAACCUAACAUGGUGGACCUUCUGGACCAAUACAAGUUCUGCUAUGAAGUCGCUUUAGAAUACUUGAAUUCUGGCUGAUGGAGAAAGAUGCCCUGCAGACCCUCACGCCCUCCCGGGAACCGCAAAGCCCCAUGAUGUUUGUGUAUAUGAGAUGAAGACUUCUCAGUGUCAUGCUUAUUUUGCUUUGUAUAAUUGGCUCUUUUUAAGAGUCUGAGAAAGUGUUUAUAAACCCGCCUGCACUGCCUACUUUCCACCAUACUGCUGCUGCCUGACAGAAACACAAAACACACUCUCUGUGGUCGUCGGAUACUGUGUUCGUAAUCAUCGUCUUGAAAGAGCAGCCUAGACAUCUGGUAAAUUAAAAGAGCACAAUUAUAUUCUUAUGAAGGAAUUUGUCCCUUUGAGGUUUAAUUUUGUUGCCUGUGAUCCUUUGUUAUUGUCACAGCUAAGUGUAUAUUUUUGUUCUGUGGAGAAUGUUGUCUGGCAUUUAUGAUAAUAUAUGAUUUUAGUUAAUAUUUGUAUUUUAACACAUACAUAACAGAAAGUAUAAGUAGCUUACCUGAACUAACAGACAAAGAACUCAUAACAAACCCUGCUAACUUUCUGGAGUGGUAGUUUCUCUCUGAUCAAUAAUGUUUCAAGGAGGAACAACUUGACAGGAAUUCACUCUGAAAAGGUCAAACCAGAUGACCGGGUGAAAUAGAUCCAAAGCUUUUUCAUUUGUUUAUAUUGUAAAUAUUUUUUUUGAUUUCAUCAAAUUAUUUAUUCAUUAAAAGAAAUUUUUUGUGAAGCACAGUGAGUGACAAUCAUUUUUAUUAAGCCCUGGAAAUGCUUUAUUUACUGUAUGAUAAUGUAAACAUUUGUUAUCUUGUAUGGAUUCUCAGCUCAAUAAAUGAUGGCACAUGGCA